UUCACAGAGGCGUUUCAGAUACAUUUUAUGUUCCGGUUGCCGUAAAAUUAGUAAACUUCGGUGCAUUCAUUUGAUAUUGAUAUACAAUUGUUAUGGUGAUCAUCGACGUCAUUUUUCAAAAUAUUUCCUCAUUUGAUUGAAAUUAAAAGGGAAAUUAGCAUACCUUAAGUGUUGAUCUUAUCAGAUUAAUUUCAUUUGGAGAUAGGACGUUCAUAAUGUACACAUAGGAUUACGAAAAUGGUGUGGGAUCUUUGCUAUUUCUCUUCGAUGAUUCUAAUGUCUUCUGUGAGUACUUCAAGAGGACAAAUUUGUAAAGUUACACAUCAGAGAGAUGAGUGUGGAAACCUGGGAUGGUUGUGGAAUUGCAGGCACCUCAACUAUGACAAAUUUCCUCUUGAUUUCAAUACAAUGUUUAAGGGCGAAACAGUAUCUAUUGACCUUUCAAGCAAUAACUUUACUUUGAUAUCAUCAAAAACUUUUGCAGGACUACUUCAAGGAAGACAAUUUGAUGUUUUCGAAAUGAAAUGUCAAACUGGGGUGUGGUUGAUAACUUCUUCCUUGAUGUUGUUUUUUGUAACAAUUGGAAUGGUGGUAGCAAUUGCCAUAAAGAGAUACCGUGUGCAUGUUGAUUACGUUAUUCUACGUCUGCAGAGCAGGUUGAAAGGUGUAAUAAAUUCAGAAGAGAGUAAGAUAUUCCAGUUUGAUGCUUUCAUAUCAUACUCUGAAGAUGAUUACCAGCUGGUUAGCAAAACAAUGUAUGAAAAGCUGACAAAUUUAGGAUUUCAAAUUAGCUUUCCCGAGAAAGACUUCAUUCCUGGAGUAUGGAAAGCUGAGCAGCUAGUGGAAUGUAUUGACCACAGUCGAAAUGUAGUGUUUGUCGUUACAGAAAAUUUCCUAGACAGUGGUUGGAAUUCGUACGCCGUCCAGAUGGCAGUGACUCAUGCCUUUCAUAAUCUCCGAAAACGUUCCAUCAUAGUGGUUAUCAAGGACAACAUUCCCAUACAAAGAAUGCCAAAAGCCUUGCGAUACAUCUGGUGGUGUAUAUUCAGUAUAAGAUGGCCAGAGAUCGAAGACGUACAAGCGAUGAACAGCUUUUGGAAAAAUAUUUCGGCUGCCUUGCGAUAAUUGUAAAUUUAAUCUUUAGUGAGUUUGCAAGAAAAAUAUAUCGACAUAAUCGUACGAAAUGUAUUCAGCUAAUAUUGGGAACUAUUUAUUUUCAAUGCAAUUGCAUUGAUGUUUCGUUUCAUAUUACAGAUCGUAGUUUAAUUGUACAUCGAUUCAUGUUAUGAUAUGUACAGGGUACAGAUGAUGGUACAGUGGUUUCUAUAGUCCCGUUUAAAGUCAGCAUUUCGAAAAUAGUUUAAUUUUAUGAUUAUUCAUUACAUGGUGCAUAAGCUAUUGCGGCUGGAUAAUGAAAGAAAAACCAGUUAAGACAGACAGUGUGUUCAUCAUAAUGGAUCGACUGAUUGAGUGAUUGUACAGACGUUUUCACUUAUAUUGAGAUGUCACCAGCUGCAUGUAAGGUGAAGAUAACGAACAGUGAUCAAUGCAAGGAGAAGAUAACGAACAGUGAUCAAUCUUAUAACUCCUACAAGCAAUACAAAAUAGAUAGUUGGGCAAACACGGACCCCUGGACACACCAGAGGUGGGAUCAAGUGCCUAGGAGGAGUAAGCAUCCCCUGUUGACCGGUCACACCCGCCGUGCGCCCCAUAUCCUGAUCGGGUAAACGGAGUUAUCCGCAGUCAAAUCAGUGUGCCAAGAACGGCUUAACAAUCUCAUAACUUCUUUUUUGCCAAGACAUUUAAUUUCGGUCGUUCACAAAUAAUCCAUUUUGUGUUGGUCUGCGGACUUAGCUCUCCCCUUUUGGUCAUUUCAAGGUAAUUCUUUUUCUAAAUUCUUUUUAUAAAUGCCUUAAAAUAAACUUCAGCUGCUAUUUAAAUUUUAGAAAGUAAAACCGUAUCUCUUUAUUGUUUUGUUGAAAUUACACUGAAAACUGAGCUAAUACAUACCUGGGUUGGAAAAUAUUGGUACUUUGUCCCCAUUAUAUUACCGUUGAUUAUGCACUGUCUGUGUGAAUCAAUUCAACUCCAAACUUGAAUUCGUUCUUAAAUUUGGCUCUAAGUGCUCCUUUGCAAAUGACCAGUGAGCCAUUGGAAACCAUAUACAUGAAUUGGCCUUGUGAUUUGCAAACCUUUUAAACUCAGAGAUUAGCAUUUCUACUGAGACAUUUAUAUACCAUUGUAUUAUCUACAAUUACGUGGGAUAAUUCAUCUUUAAAUGUUUAUUUUUUUUGUAUACACGUUUUGAUCAGUUUAACUUGUUAGCUUCAAAAGUUAUAACAUAUAAAAUUCAUUAAUUAUGAGAUUACUCUUUCUUAUCAAAUGAGGGGUUUUACAGGAUGAUAUCAGGAAUUGGUCAUUAUAAUCCUAUGUAAACAUUUUGUACUAGACCUUCCCUCCACUUUGUGGAUCGGACAUUUUUAGGAAUCUGAUGUUAUUGAAACAACAUUGUCUUUGUUUGUAAAUCUCAUUAUUACAACUGUAUUUUUAAACGAACUUGGUAUUACCUCCACGUUUGGUAAUAGUACUUAAACUCCAACUGCCCUUUCAAAAGAUGAAAUUUUUCAUGACCAUGCUUCAGUUUUAGACAUAUUUGAUAUCCCAGUCGGUGUGUUGAAUGAGUAUAAGUUAAAGUACAUAUACUGGAUUCCUAAACUACAUAUAACCCUUACAAAUAUACCUAGCUGGAUCCAGUAAGUGCUCUACCAAGCCCUUGUCUUUGCUUUUCACUAAAAUAUUAACAACUUUGAAGGAAAACUUCAAACUUAAUGGGCGUAUACAUAUGCCAGAAGUAGUGUAAAUCAAAUGUGGAAUCUCAAAACUUCUAAAGAACUUUUAGUAAACAUGAAAUCGCAAAACAUUUCGCAGAUCAACAACAUCAACACGUAUGACUUACCAACACUUUACCCGACCAUUCCUCACGAUAAAUGAAAGACUGAACUUUGACAUCAUAGACAGUUGCUUCUUCAACGAAAAUAGAAAACGGAAAUAUUCAUAUUUAGGGAUCAGUCAUCCAAAAAAAAAAAUACUUUCUUAAAUACCACUCUAAUUCCACGCACAAGCAUUCUGAAGUUGAAAUAAUAAAAUAUGCUAGAGUUCCUCAUUGACAAUAUCUUCGUGGUCUUUGGUGAUCAGGUCUUCCAACAGUCUGUUGGAAUCGCCAUGGGCACGAAUGAUGCUCCUUUGUUAGCUAACCUGUUUCUAUAUUCAUAUGAAGCAGAAUUUAUUCAGAAAUUUCUACGCGAGAAGAAAAAAUCUCUUUUGGCUUUCAAUUCAACAUCUAGAAAUGUCGACGAUGUUUUAUCUAUUAACAAUAAUAUUCAAUUAUGGUAGAUAAUGACUUUUAUGUAACGUGUUAAUUGUGUAUGUUCUAUUGUGUAUAUUUUGGAUAAGUAAAAUGUGAUAAAUAUAUACGUUUAAUGGAUGUUGGGUAUGGACAUUUUUGUGUUUGAGGUUUCACUUUUGGGAUGCCUCAUAUUGGUAUGUUUCCUAUCGUCGCUGUCUUGGUUGGAAAUUUCCGAUCAGGCAAACUUAAGAUGAUGUAAUGUUUUGUUUUAGGGCCCCGUACUUAGCCUACUAGUACAUGGAUGACAAAUCACAGCGCGCAGUAAGGACCCUUUGGUCAUUCCUCUUUGUUUGCUUGGAGUGCAAAGACUGCUGAAGUAUUUGUGUACACAAAGAAAAUUAAUUUGAUACCCACCAUCCACCCUCCACAUCCUCCUUUGUUAUGCUACUUUGAUUUGUGCGAACUGGCCUGUUUUAUUUGUAAAACCCACCUUAUUUGAUUACAGGCAACUCUAUUUCGAUAUUUCAUUAUGUGUUGUAGGGGUCAGAUUGUAUAAUCAUACCUAUGUGAUACAUAUGUUCUUGUAUUUUUGAUUUCGACUCAUUCUGACCUUAACUAGCUAUUCUGUUAAAUUACUUCGUCAUUUUCAAAAUAAAUGGCAUUUUUUCAAUUCA